ACAUUUAUCUUUGGAUUUCACAGGGGUAUGCUAAUCUCACAUCAAUUUACUUUUCUUACUAAUACGACUUCUUUCCUGAUGAAUUAUGUAGGCAAUGGAAAACUAUGGGCUAAAUAUUUACAGGGAAUUUCUUUUACUAAACACUCCGGGAGUUGCGACUCAACAACAGAUGAGUAGAUCCUCAUCAGUCAUUGCACAUGAACUUGCACAUCAGUAUUGGGGCAACAUUGUGACUUGUCAUUGGUGGAGUAAUAUUUGGCUAAAUGAGGGGUUUGCAACAUAUUACUCAUAUCUGGGUCAAAAUGCGACAAAUCCAGAAUUUGAGCCAAUAAAGCAAUUUCUUCUGGAUGGUCCUCAAUACGCCUUUGCUCUGGACUCUCGCGAAAAGACGAGUUAUCCACUUCUGUUGACCGCAAAGACGCAGAGCCAAUUUGAGGAUCAGGCCAUUGGACUGCCGUAUUAUAAAGGAGCCUGUUUAAUUCGCAUGAUGCACGGAUUUCUCACGCCGGAUACUUUUCACAGAGGAAUCAACCGAUAUUUGAAGGCUUGGGCGAAUAAAGCAACAGAACAAGACAAUCUAUUCGAUGCAUUGACCGAUCAAGGCCAUGAGGAUGGAACACUGCCAUUAAACUUAACUGUUAAGGAAAUUAUGGAUCCGUGGACAAAACAACGAGGCUAUCCGUUGGUCAGAGUCGUUUCUUCUGAAGAGGACACCGUUUAUGUUCAUUAUGAACAAUUUAAAAGCAGCCGUGUUGCAAGGCAGACUGAACACGCAUACUGGCCAAUUCCUGUUGCGUAUGCAACUGAGGAUGAUUCCAACUUUAAUGAUCAUGUUCCAAAAUUCUGGAUUCCUGAAGGAUCCUUGAUGCGAACAAUCAAAUAUAAUACCUCAAAAUGGAUUUUUGUCAAUCCUGAAACAACAGGUUUCUACCGGGUUGUUUAUGAUAAGAAAUUGACACAACUACUACACAAUCAAUUUAAUAAGAAUUAUAAAGUGAUCAGUCCCAUGGGCAGAAGUCAAAUUUUGGAUGAUUAUUUUUCACUUGCAACACAAAUGGACAUACCGAUUAGUAUGGCUUUAGAUUUCACAAAGUAUUUAGGACAGGAAACUGAGGACAUUUGUUGGACUGUGCCACUUAAACAUUUGCGUCGGCUGUACUACUUCUACAGUGAAUAUGAAUUAACAUUGGACAGCAGUUCUAAAAAUGUCCCAAAAAAAUAUUUCGAAGGAUUCAGGAAUUAUAUGGUUCCUAAACUGGAAGGAGUUUUGAACAAAAUUGGGUUAGAGCAACUGCCCACGGAAAUUGGCUCAAAAGUAAUUUUUAGAGCACGACUUCUUAAUUGGGCGUGUAGAUUGGGUUCUAAAAAAUGCUUGGACUACGCCACUCGUUUAUUCGAACUUUGGAAAUUUGACGAACUUGUGAAUCCUAUACCGAUUGACCUACGCGACUCCAUGUAUUGUUACGGAGUAUCCGCUGGAGGAGCACAAAAUUGGUUGUUUGCCUUACAACGCUCCGUCAAUGAAACCAAUACCAAAGAUGCUUUGGUUCUCAUAAGCAGCUUAGGAUGCGUCAAGGACGAAAGAAUUUUGAAAUCUCUUCUUGAAUCUACGCUUGUUGGUGAAUCAAUUGACAAGUUGAGGAUGAGCGUUAUAAUUGACGCUGUUGCAGAUAACCCACUUGGAAGACCAGUGUUGAUGAAAUUCUUAAAAGACAGUAUUCCCAGUAUACAGAAAGAGUUUAACACUAGUUUUAAUUCCGUCGUGUACAGAGCAUUUAUGAAACUCGGGAAUCAUUUACACACGGAAGAGGAGUUACUUGAGCUACAAAGCAUUAUUGAACUUCAUUCGAGCACAAUUGGAGACAUUCUCCCAGCAGUGUCAUCAUUCGCAACUGAUGUUAGCGAAAAUAUCGCUUGGAUGUCGAAGCAUUACGAACCAAUGAAAACUUGGUUUGACAAGCAAACAAAGUCAAGCAUUUCAACGAUAUAAAAUUGUCGUGUAUUUAUAACUUUUCAAGUUGUCUUUGACUUUGUGUUUAUUUAUUUAUUUGGAAUAAAUUGAUUGAAAUUGAUUAACAUAAUAAUUUACCUGUUUAUUUACUAAAGUUAUUUAUGUAGGUGUAGGAAGAGGAAGAAUUUAAUUCUCAAACCUUACAUUGCAACAGGUGUCGAUUAAUUUGUGAAUAUGAAUUAUUAUUCAGAUGAGCUAAAUAUGUUCCAAAACAUAUAAAAUGGGUUACACUUUGUCCUUCAAAAUAGUUUAUCUGUUCUUGGCAUUUCUAAACUUGCCUGAUUUUCUAGACUCGUCUACUGUAACUUAAAAAAUGAAGAUUUUCUGCUACUUGUGUGCUUUCGUCAUUUGUAUGAUGCAGCUACUGGAGGUAUCCGUUUCCGCACCCAACCCUCAACAACAACCAGGUCUCCUUGGUGUCCUUAACAGUUGGGGGAGUGGGCUUCUUAAUGCUGCAAACAUCACUUCCAAUGCUUUUGCAAACGGAAGUGACAUAGGUUUUCAGGGAUUUGGGAAUGGGCUUCAAAGUUUUUCCAAUGGAUUCAUUAACGUCUUUAAUGCUUCUGCAUCUGGGCUGGUGAAUACAUAUCAGAAUUUGGCUGGAUGAGAAUAUUUUCAUUCUCUUGUUAAAAUUAAAACACGAUAAAUAAAUAUAUGGACUGAAAAUAAUUGUA